GCAGGUAUCGGGAGUUCCAUUCUAUCUAUAACCCCUCACCCCUCUAUCGCUUCUUCCAAGCAAUCUCAAGCCUCACUUCGGCAGAAGGAUCAAUCCACACUUCAGCUGAAUCUGAUGCUGCGGCUCCCCUUCCACGCAAUGACAUACCUGGGCAUAUCUCAGCCUUCUUGUGCCUUUUCUUCUCCUCGCUAUUGGUCUAUUUGAUAUCAUGGAGCCACAACCCGUCUCAUCACUGGAUGGCGGCCUCCCGUUCCCCAUUCAGGAUGCACAUUCAUGCAUCCGAUGUAUCUGUCGGUGGGGGCUUUUGCAUCCCUCAUAGUCCUUUGGAGUGCACUCUGAAUCGCUGCAAACCCAAGACAUCUAGAAUCAUCGUAUAGCAUCUUUCCAGACUGGACUGUGAGAAUAUGACAACUGAGAACUGUCAAACAUAUCAAUACAAGGCUGCAGUAAAUAUAGGAUCACGACAGACCAUGCAUUGAAGCUGCACUAUGGUAUUCCAAUACCGAGUGUGGGCGAACGCCACGCGUUUGCAGUGUUAUGCGGAGCCCUGAUGGGUAUCUUUGUCAUCCAGUGGCAGUGAGUAGCGGGGUGACAGCUCAGGGUUCCCCUCUUGCUGUUUUGGAUCAUGGAAGAGCUGCAGGGCUUGGCUAGAAGCUGAGAGCCAAACCUAGAAAUACUUGCUGAUGUGACAGCUCAGGGAUUUCAACAGCCUUGCAUGAGAUUUUUGGGUGGCUUGAAUAGUCAUGUGACUAACACAUGUCGUGAGUGUUCAACUCUCUCAGUUCAGCAUGUUGCACUGCACGCUACGUCUGAUACUAAUCAGAUAUACACUCUCAACGCAGCACGGGAUGGGAUAUCAACCGUUAUCGUCCCUGAUGUAAAGCGUCACGAGCAUGCGCUCCAAGCCCUCAAGGACUCUGAAAAUUUGCUCAACACGAAUCGAUCAACACGGUCCGUAGCGCUGCCUCGGAGACGCCCGUCUAGUCUUCAUACAAAUUAGAAUGACUUACUACUCCCAGGACUAGGAGGUAACCACACUGGGACUGUGGAAUAAGGCUGGAUCGAACGCCUGGCUGAUUCCGCCAAGUCGCGCUGAAUCUCCCCCAUUCCUGGCAAAACUGCGAAGAGACUCUUUCAAAGUAUGGCCGAGGCCCAAGAUAUUAACACCUUAUGCUGCAGUGACUGAAUUUUUCGAGAAAUAGAAAGGUUCAUAUUGAAGACACUCAGGCAAGGUCAGUUUUGAGCCUGGACCUAUAUUUCGGCCUUUUCUUGUUGCCUGCGCUAGGUAACCGAGAAAUAUAUCAACAUGACAUCUUAUCCAAGUUAAAUCUUCUUCACCUCAACGACUCGAAAUCGUACAUCUGACUUUAAGUGGUCUGUCUGACGUCCAAGAACUCAACUUCAUCUACAAUAUCCGAUUCUGGAAAACAACAACGACAAUUCGAGCUCCAGGAAAAGUACAAGUCCCAGUCCAUCCCGAAAUCGACAGCCAAGCAAUAUCUCAGAAUGGACGCCACAGAUAUCCUCUCCACCACCCUCAACAACCUCCAAAUCUUCCAACCCUCCACAUCCCAAGACUUCAAUCAACCACCUUCUCAAACCACCACCUCCUCAUUCCCAACCACUCACCAAACAUUCCCCCUCUACCCCACCCUCCCAUCCGAGCUCCGGCUCAAAAUCCUCACCCACACCCUCCCCCCACCACGCUCAUCAUCAUCAACCAGCCUCCACCUCAACGCCGUCCACAUCCUCCUCUCCGACCCCUCAUUCGGCCUCUACCUCACAUUCAGCAUUUCCUGCGCCGUCUACAUCCACUCCCUCGGCGCAUUCCACCCCGUCCCUAAACCAGGAGAAAUCACUGCAGGGCUGAAAACAAGUCGAAUGCUCACACUCCUGAGUACCACCAAAGAAACCCGCGCAUUUUAUCUCUCUCGCUAUCCCAUCGAGUUUCCAUCCGGCCCAAACGGCAAAGCCCGGAUCAGAGUCUCGAAGCAAGAGAUACUGUAUUUCGAUAACUUCCCCAGUUUACUCGCCCACCCGGAUUUCUCCAGUGCCAUCCGGGAUAAUUAUCGACUCCAGGAUUACUGGACGCAGAUUGAGAAUUUGGCGAUCCCGGUGAUGGCCUUUGUGGAUUCCAGACAUGGCAAUUAUGCUGUUCUGUUGGAGGCUGUGAGGAAGUGUACGGGGUUGAAGACGCUAGGGGCGGUAAUGUGGGAUGGGUUUAGAGAUGGGGAGGGUGAGAGGGAUGAGGGGGCUGUGAAGAGUGUGUUGGUGGGGGUGGAGGGGUACUUGGAGGAGUUUAGGGGGAGGUUGAAGGAGGGGGUUGAGGAUGGCGAGGGGUGUGGGAGAAUGCCUGUGGUGAAGAUCUUGGAGGGUCGAGGAGCUUUUUUGUCGUUAUUGAGAGGCGUCUGUCUAUCAGGCAAGACGUGUAUGGUACAUCAGAAUUGGCAAAAUUGGGCAAAACAGGCGGGUCUUUGA